GUAAACUUGUCGUCUGCUUACAAAAAUUGUGUUUUCCCAAAACAUCGCGCCCUCAUCGGAUGGUCUAGUUCGUGAAAUUCUGAAAGAAUUAAAAGAUGACGGAUGGUAGGAAUUUCCGAUCUCAUUAUUAUGAAAAAGUUGGGUUCCGAGGUGUGGAGGAGAAGAAAUCUUUGCAGAUUCUGCUAAAGGAAGAUCCCUUAGACAUUGGGAAGUUAUCAAUGUUUUGUCUACGCUUUCAGCUCUCAGCGAUGUUCAGACCACUAGUGUGGAAGGUUAUCCUAGGCAUAGUCCCGCCCCAUCCCUCCACCCAUGACUUUGUCAUGCAACAACGCAGUGAGCAAUUUAGCGACCUCCGCAAUGCACUACGAGUUAUGGGACACAUCAAUCACACUACCGCCUUGAGCAGUGAAUUCCUUAAGAUGUUUCUUCUGGAGGAGAGAAGGUUACCGCUUGAGGACGAACAACUAGCCAUUGAGUGUCAGGAAGAGGAAUGUUUUAUUUCGCUGGCGGAGACGGUCAUCGAGUUGUUUGACAACGAGGUAGACGCCUACUGGAUAACAGCUACAAUCCGCAGGAACCUCAUUGACAAAGAUUCCUUCUUACAACUGUCUCAGCGAUUCGUGACCCAACUGCAGAAGGAGGAUUCUCAACUCCUUAAGCACCUAGAGACGACAGGUGUUCUUAGCAGAAUGGGUCUGGUCUACAAGGCGUGGUUUGGAGGGAUGUUUGCUGGUGUUAUACCACCAGGUCCACUCGGGAGGGUUAUGGACCGUUUGAUUGGUGGUGCGCCUCUCAUCACAGUCUACGUAGCUCAAGUGUUUGUCUUAACUUACAGACGCCAACUUCUUGGGAUGACAAAGUAUGACGCCAUUGUGCAGUUUCUCCUAAAGGUUCCACCAGACAGUGCCGAGGUGCUCGUCAACGAAGCAAUUGAGACAUGGGAGAGUUGCCGAAGCCAGACUAAGCCAGACACAUUGUGAUGAGUUAAUAAUGACACUGAACAUGUGUGUGAGUCGAAAGCCAGACGCCUGAAAGCCUUGCCAAAGUAAUGGUGUCCACUAUGAGGAAGUGACUUUAACCAUAAUUGCUUCCCUGCACCUCAACAUUGAAAGAGGAAGGAUGGCUUGGGGUAAUCAUGUCACUCAAAAGUUAAGUAGAUGCUUGCUGUUUCCCCAUACAGUUUCCCCUGCAUCUUGUAGGGAAAGUGGUUUGGCUGAGAUGGAUGACGAGGGAAAAUAAAGAUGGUAGCAGAAAAGCUGACUUCGAUUUGGUACUGUACCCAAAACCACCAACUCUUAGCAUGAGGCCAUUUUGGUGUUGAGUUACCAUAGAGUGGAGUAUUUUUAUGGGUUUGGUACUGUACCCAAAACCACCUACUCUUAGCAUGAGGCCAUUUGGGUGUGGAGUUACCAUAGAGUGGGGUAUUUUG